CGGGAUUUGAAGAUAAUGCAUUAUCUCCAAUGCGAAGUACAUAACACAAACAUCAAGACGCCCUUCACCCCUGGGAUCAUGGUCUGAUAAGACAUCGGAUCGUUUCUCCGCAGCGGGGUUUGCCCAUUAUGAUAGCAAUGGAAAGCCGAGAUAAGAGUCAUAAGACGUUGCUAUAUAGACGUAAAGCAUUACCCCCGGAUCAAUUCGACUUGAUGAAACACCCUGCACGCUGGAUUCACAAUGGGUACCAGAAGGAUUCGCACUCUCAGAAUUGACCAUGAGAAACCGGCGUGGGAGCAACCGGGUCUUCACAAUAGAUGGCACCCUGACGUCCCCUCCGUUGCCACCAUCGCGAACAACGAAGUCGUCUUAAUCGAAUGCAUGGACUGGACCGGAGGCCAGAUCAAGAACGAUGACUCUGCCGAUGAUCUCAAGAACGUGGAUCUAACUCAAAUCCACUACCUUUCCGGACCAUUUGAUAUCGAGACCGCAGAGCCUGGUGAUGUGCUGCUAGUCGAGAUCCAGGACGUACAGGCGCUGCGAGACGCACCAUGGGGGUUUGGGGGCGUUUUUGACCGGUACAACGGGGGAGGAUUCCUUGAUGAAAUAUACCCUAAGCCAGCAAAAGCAAUUUGGGAUUUUGAAGGAAUAUUCUGCUCUUCUCGUCAUAUUCCCCAUGUGCGAUUUCCAGGUCUCAUCCAUCCUGGUAUCCUGGGCACUGCACCAACUGCAAAGAUCCUAGCCGAAUGGAAUCGUCGCGAGGGCGAGCUCAUCGCAGCGAAUACUACCGCGGAUCGAGUGGUCGCCCACCCACCGGAACCAAUAGGUGCACAUACCGGCUCUGCUGCUCAAGAAACCCUCAAAGAAAGGGUGGCACGAGAAGGAGCUCGCACAAUCCCUGGUCGCCCCGAAAACGGCGGAAACACAGACAUAAAAAACCUCUCCCGCGGCUCCAAAAUCUACCUCCCCGUCCACGUCCCCGGCGCCAAAUUCUCCGUCGGUGACCUCCACUUCUCCCAAGGCGACGGCGAAAUAUCCUUCUGCGGCGCAAUCGAAAUGGCCGGCGAAAUCACCCUGAAAUUCACAGUCCUCAAAGAUGGCAUGGCCAAAAUGGCCAUGAAAUCCCCCAUCUACCUACCAGGUAUCGUGGAGCCUCACUUCGGGCCCUCGCGGUAUCUCACCUUCGAGGGCUUUUCGGUCGAUGAAAAAGGGAAGCAGUAUUUCCUCGAUAGUACUGUUGCGUACCGACAGACUUGUAUCCGGGCGAUUGAGUAUUUGCGGAGGUAUGGAUAUAGUGACUAUCAGGUGUAUUUGCUGCUUAGUUGUGCACCGGUGCAGGGGCAUAUUGCUGGUGUUGUGGAUAUUCCGAAUGCGUGUACUACGAUGGGAAUUCCGAUGGAUAUUUUUGAUUUUGACAUUCGGCCUGAGGCAGAGGUUGUUAAGAGGGAUAUGGGGAAUUGUGCGUUUGCUAGUAGUUGAUUUUUUGGUUAGUUGGUUUGUUUCAAUGUAAUGCGCUAAGGUUUGGCUUUUUGUUGCUGAAUGUGUCAAUGUGAAUGAACUACGUCUAC